UUGGGACACUGGACCUGGCGGUGAUCUGUACCCACUAACCCGAACAAGUUGUAACAUGGCCGCCACCACGCCAGUCUCAUGCGAGGAUAUUACGGACACACUGCAAGCAAUGCGGGCCAUUGAUGACAAAAUAAUAUACGAGUUGAAUUUGGCCACCCCAACACAGUCCUUUAGAAAUGAAGUGAAUCCAGAAAAUCACUGCAGGACUUUACAUGAACGAAUUGUGAGUGAACUUCUGAUGUGGUAUAGACGAGGAGCGCUAACAUUAAGUAAAACGUAUGAACAUAGAGGAGCCAUGAUUGAGACGUGUUUGAAUGAAUCACGGGUGAAGGUUCGCAGUUUACAGGCAGAAGCUCUUCACAAAAAAGAAAAUCCACAGAUCUUGAGGAAGAUUCGUAGUGAACAGAGCAGAAUUCGUGAAUUACAGAAUGAAGUAACUAUCGAAGAGAUUAUUCGAGAGCGCAGCUUAAGAGUGUUUGAGGAACGGUGCCGUCAGUUUUUUAAACCUCCCAAAGCUGAAUGACCAAUUAGCCAGUAGGAUGAGUCCAUAGAGCAGUACAAUGAUGUCACAUUUCUUUCUUCAGGUCCAAUAGGAAACAAUGCAAAUGGGAAUAAAGCUUAACAUGUAACCAAUUUGCAUUAUUAAAAUGUAAGUACAGUACUGUAUAUUUCUUGGUCAGAUUUGAUUAUCACUGCUUGUCUAGCAAAACUGUUUGUUGUGAUGCAGUGGUUGAGUUAGGGUCCUCCUGUAUUUUGUGUCUUCUUCGUAGAGGGUUAAGGAAUAGUGCUGCAUAAAGAGAGCAUGAUCAUACCAGCUUUCAUCUCUUCACUGUUUAUUCCAUAAGCUCAUAUUCAUUACAGUCAUACAAAUUUUUAUUAAUCAUCUGCAGCUCCCCUUUGUAUUUACUUUUUAUGGGAUAAGUGUAUAUAGUAAACUUGUUCUAGAAUAAAGGCCUUUCACUUGUGGAUCCUAAUAUCCUAGUCAAGUGUGUGGAUGUUUUAACCCUUUCAGACCUACACUUGUACCUCAUCUACUUAGGACCAGAGUCUUACGCAUUUACAAGAUAUGAACGAAUGUUUCUCGUCUCGUUUCAAAUAUCCUGGAAUAGCCGUGAGCCGUUUAAUGAUGCCAUAUGUAACCAACAGUUAUAAUUCACCCUCAGAAAUUUCAAAGCUGCUCAUUACCCUACAAACACCUUGGAGGACGGAUGUUUAUCAGAACUCAUAUCUGGCAACCUUGAGUGAUACAAAUGCUUCUGGUAGAUGCAAACGUAAAUACUGUAUAAACAUAAAUGUGUCUCAGUACGGUAGAUGCAAUAUUGAUGGGAAGUAGUCGAUGAGCACAGGGAGAUGUUAGAAAGACAUAGUGGUCCAAACUAUAAUAUCAUUAAGGAAGCAGGAAGCAUAAGGAAACCAGCUGCUAACACUAAGGUUAACUUUUUAAAAUUAUUGUUUAAAAAUUUCUUUCCCCCAUAAAAAAUUGAGGCUGGAAGGACAUACCCACCGAACUUAGGACUGAAAGGGUUAAAUAAGCAAAAAUCCAAAAUUGUAAUAAUUUCCUGCAUAAAUUGUUUUUUGUUCUAAAUAUGCAUAUACGUACAGUGUUCAAAGUUUUCUUUACAAAGACACACUGUACUUGGGGAAUAAGCAAUUCUCAUUAUAGGUAAUAGGCAUUUCUGUUGAAGAUGUACAGGUAAAUGUGUUAUGAAUUACAAGUAACUCAGGCACAACCUUUGGAAUAAACUGCAUUAUAA